AUGCUGGAUGAUAAUGCAUUCACCUUUGGGUACAAUGUAAAUGAAGACGGAACACCUGCAAUCGGAGAAGGCGUGGAUGACGACCCAACUAUUGUUGGACUUUCAACACCGUAUAUGAUAAAAAUGCUGGGCUACGCCGCAAAGUAUGUGCUUCAGAUUGACACGACCUACAAACUCGAUCAGUCUGGGUACCCAGUUCUCGUCCUUGGUAUCUCGGACCAGUCCCGGUCGUUCCACCUGGUAGCAAUGUUUGUGACAUCCCAACAGACUGGGGGUCUAAUAAGCAUGGCGCUCCAGAGUGUGUUUGACGUUUUCAAGGUGAUCACUGGCAACUAUCCGGAUAUUCGCUACUGCGUGGCAGACACAGAUAAGGCGCAGUAUAAUGCGGUAAUGGAUACUACGUCGUCCAAACGAAGCCGCAGUAGCAACGGAGCUUUGACGUAUUUGAUGUGUUUUUCCACGCCGUCAAGAACGUGGCUGACCGCGUAUCCAGUUAUCCAAUGGAAGUAG